AUGGCCGCUAUCGUGCACGCCGGCGUCAUGACGCGUCUCGGCGCACCCCCCGCCCCCCGCGCUCUCCGUCAGCGCUCCUCGGUGCGCGCGAUCGCCAAAUCCCGUGCGAUCGUCGCGAAAGCGUCCGCCGAGUCCGACACCGUGGACCCGAGGCGCGCGGUGACUGCAUCCCUCGCCGCGCUCGUGGUCGCGACCACGGGAUCAUCCGCAUUCGUCGCGUUCGCCGAAGAUUCGCUCCUGACGGACUACGUGAGCGACACCAAGGACCUGAUCCAGAAGCAGAGGGACCUGCUGAGGGAGGGCAAGGGCGAUGUUGACGCAUACUUUGCCAAGGCGGAGGCGUACUUUGCCGGGUACAAGUGGGACCACAAGGGUCACACCAACUCGUUCUCUCAGCUCAUGAACACCGACAUUGUCAUCAGGGAGCAGGACGGGUACCUCAAGCAGACCGGAGGGUCCUGGAGCAAGGACUCGGUGCCCCCGAGCGGCACUCCCAAGGCUAAGAUCCUCGAGGGUUACCUGCAAAACGCCGAGCGAUGCAUCCAGAAGGAGAGCAUGGGGAAGUUUAACGAGAUGGAUCUCGCGACGAGGGAAGAAUGGAAGGCCAUCGUAUGCACUCAGGGUCUCGUCGCUCCAGCGGACGACCAAUGAGCGACGCGCGAACCGACAAAGCCACCUCUAUGUUGUAAAGAAUGUUUUGGAAAUGAAUC